AUGUUCAGCGCGCAUUACCUCGGUUUGAUGAGGGAGGCAUGGAAAUCCUGUCGAAGAGAGCACUGUGCUGACAAGUAUUUCUUGAAGCCGGAAUCUUCGCGCCUGUUGGAUGAAGACCCCUAUCAGGCGGGCUACAAUUAUGGCUCGCUUCAUACCCAGCAGGCCAACCAGCCGGAUCCGGAAUAUGUGAGGCGUGAGCGGGAGGCUUUGGAUGCGAUCUGCCAGCGUACUUCAGACUCCGUCAUUGAUAUCUGGUCGCUCCAACCACAACCACACCUCCAGCCCCAAGCCACUCUCCCGGGCCCAAUCUCUGCCUCAAACUCUCCCACCCCGUCUCGCGAGAACGCAGUCCUCACAGUCACUAGCACCGACAAGGACACCAGCCGACCUACCUCAGGCAACACCGCCCCAAAGCACUGGGGCGAGGUGGUAGUCAACGCCAACAAAAAGCGCUCUCGCCAAGACCUCAAGGACAACGGAAAUGCAACCCGCGAUGUCUUUGGUGUUCUCAAGGUCACCUAG